AUGAGGACAAACGUAUGGAUUUACCAAGCUCUGGUGUGUGUUGUGGUGUUGGAUACAGGUUGCUGUAGAAGGGCUCACCAGUCAUUACAAAAGUAUGAGAAGACUGAGAACCACAUGCUGGUUUGCACAGACUGUCCUCAGCCCUCUUUGGUACGAAGCAGCCGAUCACAGGAACACUGCGCCCGCAAGUGCAAGAAGGUCAAGAAAAACUUCAACUGCAGAGCUUUCAACUUUCAAAGGCACAACAGGAAAUGCCACUUGCUUCCUUUUGACCGCUUCACACACGGUGUACAGAAGCAGGCCAACACCAACUUUACUUUGUAUGAAAAAAAAGAUUAUAUAAGGGAGUGUAUCAUCGGCACCAAGGACAACUACAGAGGGAGGAGGUCUUGGACAAAGUCAAACAUAACUUGCCAAGCAUGGUCUGAUAAUAACAUCAAUGAGCACACGUUUUAUCCUGAUAGGUACCCAACGCAAGACCUGAGGGAGAACUUCUGUCGGAAUCCCAACAAUGAUCCUGGUGGUCCGUGGUGCUACACUACAGACCCCAACGUACGGGCUGAAGAGUGUGGCAUACCACAGUGUUCAGAAGAGGUUUGUAUUACGUGUAACGGAGAGGAUUACCGGGGCAAAGUAGACCAUACAGAGAGCGGCAAGGAUUGUCAGAGAUGGGACUCAGCAAGGCCUCACAAACACCACUUCCAGCCCAAAAAGUACAAAGACAAAGAUUUAAAGGACAACUAUUGUCGUAACCCAGAUAAUCGUCUGCGUCCCUGGUGCUACACCGUGGAUCCCAAAACUCCAUGGGAGUACUGCAACAUCACUGUGUGUGACUCAAACUCCAGUGAGGACGGAGAUGUAAAUGUAACAACAUCAUGUGUCCAGGGAAAGGGCACAGAUUACCGAGGCACAAUGAAUGUCACUCCAGAGGGUGUGACAUGUCAGCGCUGGGACUCCCAGUUCCCCCAUAACCACUCCUUUCUUCCUAAGAACUUCAAAUGCAAUUUUUGUGUGUGUUACAGAGACCUUAGAGAGAACUACUGCCGUAACCCUGAUGGUGCAGAUUACCCAUGGUGCUUCACUACAGACCCUAAUCAGAGGAUAGCCAACUGCACGCACAUCCCCAGGUGUGAUGCUGAGGCCACACAAAAAAUGGAGUGCUAUGAAGCCAACGGAGAGACAUACCGGGGCACUUUAUCCAUAACUCGCUCGGGGAUUCCCUGUGCAGACUGGUCACAUCACAUAAACAGUGGGGAUUCUCACUCUACAGUAUCCCAUGUAGGGUUGGAGAAGAACUACUGCCGGAACCCAGACCGGGAUAAGCAUGGCCCUUGGUGUUACACCAAUCCAAAUAACCGCUUGGCUUGGGACUACUGCAAACUGAAGCCCUGUGAAUCAGCUACAGUGGCUCCUCAACUAGACACUCGAACCAGACCCAAGAUAUCAUGCUUUGUGCAUAUAAACACCAGAAUUGUUGGAGGACAUCAAGUUCAAGGUACAGAUGGCAGCUGGGUUGUAAGCAUCCAAAGAGAGAAGGUUCAUUUGUGUGGUGGCUCACUAAUCAGAGAAGACUGGAUUUUGACAGACCAACAGUGCUUCACAUCCUGUGUUCCAGAUCUCAGGGAUUACACUGUGCAGGUCGGUCUGCGCCACCUCAAUGAGUCCUCAAACCAUCCAAGACUACGCAUCUCUCGUCUGAUCUGUGGGCCAGAAGGAUCCAACCUGGUUAUGCUGAAACUAGCAGAUCCUGCCCCUGUGUCUGAGGGCGCCUCCACUAUUCAUCUUCCAGUAAAAGAGUGUCACAUCACCGAAGGCACCAACUGCACCAUGUAUGGAUGGGGGGAAACCAAAAAUACACAAUAUGAUGAGACACUCAACGCUGUGACUAUGCCAAUGGUCAACAAUGACAUGUGCUCACAAAUCAAAGGGGAUGCUGGAGAAAGCAGGAUAUGUGCUGGCGGCAAGAGAGGAGAAGGUGUAUGUGAUAAAGACAACGGUGGCCCAUUGGUUUGCCAAGAACAUGAGCGCAAAGUCAUCGUCGGUGUGAGCAUCCAAAGAACAAAAUGUGCCUCAUCCCAGCCCGCGCUUUUUGUUAACGUUGCUUUCUACUCUGAGUGGAUAUACAAAGUGUUCAAACUUUACCCCAGUUUGGAGAGGAACUGAUGGUGUGGUGUGAAAAUCAACUCUAUCCAGGACUGUACCACAGCCUGCAA